AUGGAGAACGCGGGCUGGCGCUUCGAACUGGAAGGGACGUCCAUUGUAGUCCCUUGCGAAGGCCCUCCUUGGCAAACUGUCGCCGCCGACGCAACCGUGAUUCUUGCUGGGCUCGGGCGACGUUUCAACGGAAAUGGAGAUUCUCACACAACCUCAGAGGAGAACCGCCUGAAUCUCUGGGGCACAGUGCAACUUGCGAAUUCAGGGCUUGUCUCCGAGAGGACCCUAUUCGAGUCUCAAAACAUGGACAAACGCAUAGCGUUUAUCCUUAGGUCAUCCGAACGCUCUGAAGCUCCGCUUCAAUGGCUGCAUAUCGGCCAUGGCACUAUACCGAAUAAAUUGGCGGACGCAUCUUGUAUCGGCGGACAUCGAGAGGAGCUUCUCUGCAUCCUCAACCACAUUUUUCAGACCCGCUACUCUUUGGACACUCCCGGUCUCGAUGACUGCCUGCAAUAUUUUGUACAACAGUCGAGGGACCUUGGCGAAUUAUACGGAUACUUGCGCCCUUGGUGGUACGGCAACUUACGCGACGCCGUGCAGAAGGUAGCCGCCCGCAAAGACGAGCUCGAAGCGAUCCGCCACAACGCUAUCCGUGACUCCUGCAUUCAGAAUUCCAAUAUUCCUCCCCGUCGUGUGUGGGAUCUGUACUCCAACCGUGUCCUCCCGCUUCACGCCGUCCCCCGAGAUCCGGACUCGAAACCUGAAGACAUACCAUCCAAGGUCUGGUGCGUGUCGCAUAGCUGGGUGGAAGACCACAGACACGUCUAUGUAUCGACGGAAAUUAACGGGCAACAGUGGCCUGUCCCUAUCCCACGCGAGACCACCCUCGACCACGUUCGCAUAGAGCUACUGAACAUGGACGCCGAGUACGCGUGGCUGGAUGUGUUGUGCUUGAGGCAGAGAGGACGAGACGAGGACGAGAUGCAACGGCAAGAAGAAUGGAAGCUCGACGUCCCCACCAUCGGCUACACCUACUCCCGUCCCUCAACACCCUGCGUCAUCUAUUUCAAUGGCCUCGGUCUUCCCCUCGACACCUCACCAAUUAUCCUGCGCUCAACGCGACAGUGGUUCAAUCGUGUCUGGACAUUGCAGGAGUCUCCGCUGAGCUGGCUUCCAGGAGGCUUAUCUGGCAAACCUCUCGUAGAUCCCCAUGCGUUCUUCGACCGUCUUCGCAGUAUCGUGACAGCGGUCAACAGCCGUGGAGACGGUUCUGGCCUUGCCCAAACUCUUCGCGAACGCUCAUGCACCAACGAGCUCGACAGGAUCGCUGGGCUUGCGUACAUCUUCCAGUGCCGCACACUACCUAUCUACAACGAGAACGUGAGCCCGGAGGUCGCGUGGACCCUGUUACUCAAGCACAUGGACGCGGAGCGACGGACGUCAAUCUCGCUACAGUAUCCGCCGUGUAGUCCAUUUGGUCUAUGGGGAUCAUGGGAGAGAUUCUUGCAUUCUUCGAAGAUCCCUCACGCCAGUCAACCCCUCAUUUCAGCGGGAACCUCCGAGGAUGGGAGCUUGAAGCUCGUGGAUCCCAGUCAGCUCUACACUGAUGCGCAGGGGGUAUACUUCCAUCCUGGCUAUAUCACGGAAUCAUGUCGUAUCCUAUUAGGCGGUGAUGCUCAAGCUGGAGCGGAAGAAAUUGAGAUGUCCUGUGGAUAUCAAGGAGAGUCUAUCAAGCUCUCAAUCCUCGGCAGACAUGGGAUACUUCUGGACGGCAUGUCAUACUGCUUGAUAAAUCACGGAGAAGACGCGGAGCACUGGGUUGUUGGCGAAGUAGUUGGAGAACAGAUUGUAGAUGAAGAGGAAGCACUCUUAGUCGCAAGAUGGGCGGUCAUCCGGGUCGAUCAAGACGAAGGCCAGCGGCUGGGGACACACGUAGCUGCCAGCAGGCGACGGAUGCGAAUAGUAUAUUGUACCGCAGAAGAGGCUGCACGUCGAAGCUCGAGAGUAUACGACUGUAUUGCGGUACGUGAUUGUCAUGUUGUCAUUCGCAGUCCAAGUGUGAUUGACUCCAAUCUCGUAUCAAUAGGCAUACAACGAGCUGGCUGA